AUGGCAAGGAGAAAUAAAGGAGCUGUUUCAGAAGAAAAUCCUUACAGUGAUAAUGAAGUUGAUGCUUUUGCAGCUAAGCGUGAGAAAGUAUUGCUAGAAAAAGCAGGAUUAACAAGAAAUGACGCUAGUGAAGAUGAUGAGUUCCUUGUUGACGAUUCAGAAACUGUGAUGUCUUUAUCUGGUGAAGACUCUUCUGAUGAAGAUGAGGAGGAGGCUGAAGAUGAGGCCGAAGAUGAAGAGCUGGAUGGUGAUGAGGCAUACAGGAAAGUCUUCGGUAGAAAGCUGAAUGCUGGUGAUGAUCAAGAAAUUGCAGGUGAUGCUAUGUUGGAUAAUGAGAAUGCAUGGGGUGCUAGUAAGAAUGAAUACUAUGGUGCUGAUGACUUGGAUGACGACGAAGUAGCUAAGGAAAUUGAGAAGGAAGCCUUGCAGCAGCAAAGGAAGCAUUUGGAAGAUCUUAAUAUGGACGAUUAUCUGGAAGAUGAGGUUGAACAAGAAUGGAUCAAAACAGCUAAAGAAUUUGAUGUCGAAGAGUUCCAACAGUCUACUAAUCAAGGGGGGUCAAGCAUAUCGGUUAAGGAUGUUUUGAACAUGGAUUCUGAAGCUAAAGAGAAUUUCUUGAAGACUUCGUUCUCAGAAUUUCUUCCGUUGUGUAAAGAAUUUGAAAAGCAAUCCGCCGAAUUGGAGCUACUGAAGGCUGAAAAACCUGGUGAUGUUAAAGAUAUUAAGGUCAUGGCUCUUUCUUCCUACUUAGGGACGAUUUCUGCCUACUUUGCCAUUUUCUUGCACGAGUUGAAGCAUAAUGACGACUUCAAUACGAUGAAGGGUCACCCUGUCAUGGAAAAGCUUUUGACAAAUAAAGAGAUUUGGAGGCAAGCAAAGGAACUCGAAGACAGCAUGGAAGUGCUUGAGGAUGAGCAGCAAGAAUCGGAAGUAGAAGCUGAGGAACAGUUUAGCGAAAUUGACGGCGAUACUCUUUCUGAUGAAAACGAGGACGUUAAAAUGGAAGAAGACCAGUCAUCUGCGAAGGAAGAUAGUCCAGAAAGUGAUAUUGAGGAGGUAUUUGACAUCGAUGUAACGAAAUCUCGUAUUUCGAAAUCAAGAGACAGCGUUUUAGACGACGAUGCCGAUGACUUUAUGGAAACAGAGAUAGCAGAUGUGGAUGCACAGGAGAAGAAAGCAAGAAAGAAAACAUUGCGUUUCUAUACCUCUAAGAUUGACCAGCAAGCAAAUAAGAAGGGUGACAAAUUCAAGGGAGAUGACGAUAUACCAUAUAAGGAAAGACUGUUUGAACGACAACAAAGACUAACAGAAGAAGCACGUAAACGUAGUCUGCAUGAUCCUAAUGGUGAAGAUAUAGAAGAUACCAACUACAACUCUGAAGAUGAAAGGGUUUCUAAGGCAGUUAACGAAGCCAGUGAAAAUGACUACUAUGAACAGAUUAAACAAAGUAAGGCUGAGAAGAAGAAAUCUCGUAUGCAAGCUCAUCAAGAUGCAUUGAGGGCUGCCAGGGAAGGUAAGCUGGCCGAAUUGUCUGAAGUUGCUGAUGGUGAUGGAAAGCGUGCUAUUAACUACCAAAUAUUAAAGAACAAGGGUCUGACACCAAAGAGAAAGAAGGACAACAGAAACGCAAGAGUAAAGAAGAGAAAGAAGUUCGAAAAGGCCAAGAAGAAGUUGAAGUCUGUACGCGCAGUUUACAGUGGUGGCCAAAAUGGUGCAUACGAAGGUGAAAAGACUGGUAUAAAGAAGAACUUGACGAAGUCUGUGAAGUUCAAAAGCUAA